AUAGAAAGGAGAAUUCCGCCUUAAAUGUCCGACUUGACUUUCUUUGAUAUACUCCAUUGAGAACUACUCAUUGCAUACAUUCCCACAGACACGAAAACCCAACCCUCACUAAAGUAGAAAGAAAUUGUUGCACUUACCUAGGUUUUAAACCUCCUUCUUUCAUAAGACAUAAUGUCUGUCACCCACAACCGCAACCGCAACCGUAACCGCAGCAGCAGCCGCAGUCGCAGAUCCUCUGCAACUAUUCAAGGGCUUGCCAGGUCGUUCACCCGUCGACUUAGCUUGCGCCCUUGGAGACACUCUGCCCCUCCUCCACCGCCCCGUCCUCGGCAGCCUCAUUCUCGCCCGCUUGCCCCUGAGGACAGGCAUGGAGUAGUACUCGAGGAUGCGGAGUCCAUCCGAAGACGUGCCAGUCACUUUUGGGACAGGCGACAGAAGCUCCCAGCGGCUGAUAUUUACCGAUUAGCCAUUUUAGAGGAUGUCGUGUUGAACCCUCCUGGUGCGCCCCCAGUUCUCUCUCAUGGCCUAAUGGCGCGCUUGAGAAAGUAUGGGCCUUCGUGGUACUUCCUUGGAUAUGACAGCUACUAUUACAAGAGCAGUAAUGAGUACGGGUUUGGCGACGACCUUAGCUUUGUUGUUGACACUUACGUGCCCCUCGGCAUUAGGUUAUUCGCCGCUCCGUACAAGCAUCUCUGCCGUAAUAGAAGGUAAGCGAUAUCCUUAUAUCUCCCCCCUUUUUUGUGUGAUGUGUUGAUCACGGUGUUUCGUAAUUCGUAACAUCGUAGUCGUCUGUCAUAUGUUAGCAGCCCAACCAAAAACUGCAAACCUAUUA